UCUUCAAGUUACCAGUCCUGUAAAAUCUGCAAAAUUUUUCUGUCAAAACUUUUCUCUCGCGUACGAAAACGACGUGAAGUUGAAGCAGCAGCCCCAAUCAUGAAGAUGGCCGACGGCUCCACAAUUUUGCGAAGGAAUAGGCCCGGAACGAAAGCGAAGGAUUUUAGCCGUUGGCCAGAUGAACCGCUCGAGGAGAUGGACAGUACGCUUGCCGUACAACAGUACAUCCAGCAGCUGAUACGGAGGGAUCCAUCCAGUGUGGAGCUAAUCCUGACGAUGCCCGAAGCCCAGGAUGAGGGCGUAUGGAAAUACGAGCAUUUAAGACAAUUCUGUAUGGAAUUGAAUGGACUGGCCGUCCGUUUGCAAUCACAAUGUUUUCCCUCUACCUGUACACAAAUGACUGCAACCGAACAGUGGAUUUUCCUUUGUGCUGCACACAAAACACCCAAAGAAUGUCCAGCUAUUGAUUAUACUCGACACACACUUGAUGGCGCUGCCUGUUUAUUAAAUAGCAAUAAAUAUUUUCCAAGCAGGGUAUCAAUAAAAGAAUCAUCUGUCGCCAAAUUGGGUUCAGUUUGUCGGCGAGUCUAUAGAAUAUUUUCGCAUGCAUAUUUUCAUCAUAGACGAAUAUUUGACGAGUUCGAAGCUGAAACGUAUUUAUGCCACCGUUUUACACAUUUCGUAACAAAGUAUGACCUCAUGUCUAAAGAGAACCUUAUUGUUCCCAUUACCGAGGAGGAGAACGCAACGCCGGGCGAGAGUGAGGCUUGAGCGGCUGCCAGUGGAUAACAGCAGCAUAUUCAGUAACAUAUUUAAUAAUGAAAGAAAUCUAAACAAAACACAAACAGUACAUAAUACAAUAAUAAGGAUAAAGAAGGAGAGUAAGAGAAGAAAACCAAGAAACUGACAAAUUCUAGUGUCUCGUAUGGUUAGUUUCCUAUAUCCCAAUUUUUUAUUAUUUAAAGUAUUGUUAAACCAAUAUAUAUCAAAGUAUAAAGCGUAAGAGAAGAAAAAAAACAAGAAAAAUGAAGAAACAAAAAAAUGAAGUAAACACUCAUUAGUAGAGAGCCUUCGAAAUUAAUAAUCAUAUUCAGCAAAACUCAAAUGUCUUGUGUACGUUAAGCGUAGUAUCUCUCAUUAUUUUUAUUUGAAAUAUUAUUAAAUUUACGUAGGAGAACGCACCUGUUCGUCGCUCUGUAUUAUUCAUAAAUAAUUAUUGUUCGCGGCGGUACGUUCGGCCAUCGUUUAUAUUCCUUUCUGUAUUAGCCCCUUUUGUUUUUUUUUGCAAUUGUCCUUCACGACUAUGUCUUCAUCCCCGUCCUGGCGUCUCAUUGAUCACACAAACACACAAGAAAUGUAGAGGAAUCAUCCGAACAAAACAAAGUAGGCGCAUGCAAGUGCAGUGUAAAAAAAGGAAAACUAAUCGUAUUGCAUUGGACACAUCAACCGUUGCAUGCAGAUUUUUCCAAUGGAUCAUUUAGCCCGCUGCUUCCUUUUCUAGUCUCAAUUGAAUAGGGUGACAAUUUUGUACACUUUCUAACGGUAUCGUUCUAUUCGAAUAAUGUGUAAUUGUGUUUGUUGUUUAGAUGAGUGAUAGGAAGGAGAAGAGUCUUGUGAAUAUAUAUUUGAAAUGUAUCUGAAAUGGCGAAGAAAAGCAACAAAAUAUAUAUUAUGACAACAAAAACAAAACAACAAAAAUGCAUAUUAUGAAAAAAAUGAAAGCGGACAACCUUUGAAACCAAUGUUUUAUGAACAAUAAAAAUUUAUGUAUGUACUCAA